AUGUCGAAACCAAAUCGCGAUGAAAGCAAGACGUUGAUGAAUGGAAAUAAUCAGCAUGAAGAGCCGGCAAGUUUUCGCAAAUUUUUGUAUGAUGGAAACAAGGGAACUAUCCUUGGAAGAACUGGAACUUCCUGGUGCCAAAUCACCAUUUUCUACAUCAUCUUUUAUUUCUUCCUUGCUGCUUUUUGGAUUGGAUGUCUCUCAAUCUUCCUGAAAACUCUGGAUCCUAAACUGCCGCGCUUUUACGGAAAAGGAACUAUUAUCGGCGUCAAUCCGGGAGUUGGAUAUCAGCCGUGGCUUAAGGAAAAUCCGGAUUCGACUAUUAUAAAGUUUAACCUUCGCGACCCAACUUCUUUUCGUCCAUAUGUCGAUCAGAUGAACAACUACCUCGACAAGUACAACAACACUGAAAACACUAGAGAUUGUGGCCCGAAUGAUAGCAACGAGGAUUUGAAUAAGGAAGAAGACGUAUUGCCAUGUCGUUUUGACCUAAAACAUUUUGAGCAAAAUCAGUGCGGGCCAAAUAAUGAGUACGGAUUCAAGUCCGGAAAGCCAUGUGUUAUUCUUUCGUUGAACAGAUUGAUUGGAUGGAGACCGGUUGACUAUGACGCUACUUCUGUUCCAGAGAUUAUCAAGGACAGAUAUAAGAAAGGAUCGAUCGCUUUCAACUGUGCUGGAGUGACUGAUAUGGACAAAGAACAUAUUGGAUCUCUCAAGUACAUUCCAGAUGAGGGAAUCGAUGGACGUUACUACCCAUACACAUUCGUUGAAGGAUAUCAACAACCAAUUGCGAUGGUUCGUUUUGAUUCAAUUCCGCGCAAUAAGAUCGUCCGUAUCGAAUGCAGAGCCUACGCCCUCAACAUUGCUCAUGACAUCUCCGCCCGUCUAGGAAUGGUCAACUUCGAAGUGAUGAUUGAAGACAAGCCAGUCGUCGUCAAGCCAGACGAAAAUUAA